UGGGAAUUUCUCCUCCCAGCUUGCUAGCGUCAGCUACAUCUGUGUCUGUCAGCCAGAGUAGUUCCAGCAGCAGCAGCAUUGUGGCAGCAGCAGUGACUUGGCUCAGGCAUCACGCUGCUUUUCACUGACAUUCUGCUUCAACUUGCCUGAGAAGCAGCACGUUGAUUUUUGCUCAGCACAUACUGGGAGGAAAAGUUCUCUCCUGUCCUCUUUCUUUGGCUCCUGAGCAGAAUUGUCGUUAAUUUCUAAAUGAAUGAGGAAGGAUGCCCUGCAACUUGAGGAUACUUUUCAUAUUUAGAUGAACAAUGGCUGGUUUGGAGCCGAGCGGGAAGUGAUGUUCCUCUUUGCGCAGGGAUGAGAGAAGCCUCCUGGUGUCCACCCUACUCUUUGUCCUCUUUUUCCUCUGCCUUUCUGCUCACACUUUCCCCUUGGAGCUUUCUUGCAUGCAAGGGUCAAGUCAGCAGGAUUUCUCAUCUGCCACAGUCUUCUCCUCUGCUGUGUUGUGAUCCUGUUCCUCAGCGCCACACUUGACCCGAAGGCUUCCCAGGCAAAACAAAAGGAUUAAAUAUGAACUUUGCUCCGAACAGGAGACAAAGUGUUCCCUUAAAAAGAAGACUGGGAGACCUAAUCAAAUACAACUGAGAACUUACUAAAAAUGACUAAUCCAAGCAUACUUGUGAUGGUUGGAUGCCACUAAAACCAGAACCAUGGAAGGAAAAAGCAUGGUCAACUCCACGCUGAACUCCAGUAUGACGGACAUCCACCUGGUCACUCACAGUCUCUGGGAGGUGAUCACCAUCGCAACUGUAUCAGCCAUAGUCAGCCUCAUCACCAUUGUGGGGAAUGUUCUUGUAAUGCUCUCCUUUAAAGUCAACAGUCAACUAAAGACAGUGAACAAUUACUACCUGCUGAGUUUGGCAGCAGCUGACCUCAUCAUAGGUGUUUUCUCCAUGAAUCUGUACACUUCUUACAUACUGAUGGGCUACUGGGCCUUAGGGAACCUUGCCUGUGACCUGUGGUUGGCAUUAGACUAUGUAGCUAGUAAUGCUUCUGUCAUGAACCUACUGGUAAUCAGUUUUGAUAGAUAUUUCUCCAUCACAAGACCUCUGACCUACAGGGCCAAACGGACUCCCAAACGGGCUGGUAUCAUGAUAGGUUUAGCCUGGUUGGUGUCCCUGAUUCUGUGGGCUCCACCUAUUUUAUGCUGGCAAUACUUUGUUGGUAAAAGGACUGUCCCUGAGAAGCAAUGCCAGAUCCAAUUUUUCUCGGAGCCUGUAAUAACAUUUGGAACAGCAAUUGCAGCUUUUUACAUCCCUGUGUCAGUUAUGACAAUCCUCUAUUGUCGAAUCUACAAAGAGACGGAGAAGAGGACUAAAGAUUUGGCUGAGCUUCAGGGGGUUAACUAUCAGACAGACUCUGCGGUGACACAGCCUCAAAAAACCAUCAUCAGAUCCUGUUUUAGUUGUAAACUAAGAUCAACUUCACAUGAUAGGAACCAAGCUUCCUGGUCGUCCUCCAGCAGGAGCAAUGCUGCUAAAUCAGCAGCUACCACCAGUGAUGAAUGGUCCAAAGCUGGUCAGCUGACCACCUUCAACAGCUACGCCUCCUCAGAGGAUGAGGACAGACCAGUGUCUCCAGGAAGCUUCCAGCCCUCCUUCAGGAACCAGGCUUGCGAACCAAGCAAGAGCAUCAUGGGUAGUGAGAGCGAACAACUCAGCAGCUAUGAUGAAGACAGUUUCUUUCAGAUGCCACCCAAAAGCAACUCUCAGAAGAGCAGCAAGUGUGUGUCCUACAAAUUCAAGCCUGUGGCCAAAGACACUCACGUGGAACAUCAGAGCAAAAAUGGGGACACCAAAAUGGUGUCGUCAGCAUUCUCAUCAGCAGAGUCAAUGAGUGCUCCAUCCACCUCCUCAGCAACCAAGCCCAUUGACGCCACACUUAAGAACCAGAUCACCAAGAGGAAGAGGAUGGUGCUGAUCAAGGAGAGAAAGGCAGCUCAGACUCUCAGUGCCAUCUUGCUGGCCUUCAUUCUAACAUGGACACCUUAUAACAUCAUGGUACUGAUUUCCACUUUCUGCUCAGACUGCAUCCCCCUCUCCCUCUGGCAUCUAGGCUACUGGCUGUGCUACGUCAACAGCACCGUCAAUCCCAUGUGCUACGCCCUUUGCAACAAGACUUUUCAAAAGACUUUUCGCAUGUUAUUGCUCUGCCAGUGGAAAAAGAAAAGGAUUGAGGAGAAGCUGUACUGGUAUGGACAAAAUCCUGUGGUCAGCUCAAAAGUGACAUAAAGUAGUUUUUUUUUAAAAUGACUGUAAGUUUGUACCAACAACUCUGGCUUGUCAACUUGAAUUCAACAUCCCAAGUAAAAUAGAUCUUGUAGUGUUGCUUGUUCUGCUAUAGUGUAUGUUUAUGCUGCUAAAAGUCUGCAAGUGGAGAACCAUUACACAUCUAUUACAGUAUAAAUGACACUGUAUAUAGGUUCUAAGAUAAUAAUAGAAGAAAAACACCGAUAUUUCCCUUCAAAUAUAUGGUCAUUGAAUGCACCAUGUGGAUAUUAACGUAUUUCAUAUGUACUGUACUUGUGUUCAGAUUCCACUCUGGAUUAGAUCCACGCUAAUUAUUUAAAAAAUCUUGCUUUUAAAACGACCCAACUUCCCUUCAACCUAUUCAACUUUAUACUAUCACACCCAAAAUGUCAUGACACGUGCAGAUGUGUUUGUGCGUUUUUGCAAAUUUUAUUCAAAGGGCUAAAAGUAUACAAGUUGUCCUGAAGUCAGACUCCUUUUGCUGAUUCCAGAUUGUUACAUGGUGAUAAAUAAAGCCUUUACACGUUGCUCACUGUCAUUUGUUAGAUGAUUAAAUAUAGAU